AUGCCUUUGAAACAUGCUCUUCGAAUUUCGAAAAGUGCAUCGCGAUACAUACCCAAACCAAUUCAUCCAACUUCUUCAUGCCAAAGUAGAUCAAUUAUAUAUGAACCGAGAAACUUCCCACAUGAAAAGAGCGUGAUGCAACUACCACCUCAUAACCAUAAAAUAAAUGUAUUGCCAACGAAAUUUACACAUAAAGAUUUUGUAAAAAUGAUGGAUCAUGGGGGUGUCGAAAAAAUAUUUGAUAUUAAAAAAAUUUAUCUUCCAGUUUGGACGUGUUCAUUAGCGUUCCAGGCCAAAUAUGAAUUGUAUUAUUAUAAGAGCAACUUUGCAAUGUAUGAAGAGCUCUUUCAUGGCUUAACUGCCACUGGCCCAAUCUGCAUUCAUGGAACUGACAACAAUGAUUACAAAGACUUGAACUUUCAUUACGAGAUUCACGACAGUAAUUGGCAACAGAAGCCACUAGAAAUUGAAGGAACAAAGACGAGAUGGAAAAUGUUCAAGGAAAAGAUGAAGACACAACUUCUUGGUGAAGAGCCUCCGGUAGUUAAUUGGUACGAUGAUCUAAAACCUGCAAGCAACGAAAUCUUUGUCCAAGACCCUUUGGACAAGUUGACACCAAUUGUGCUGCCCUUCAAGACAAAUCCUGUUAAUCUUAUACUAAAGGCACCAAAGGCUUUUAUAGGAAAAUUUAAUGAACUUCCAGUAAAAUCCCAAAUGAAAGAGAAAAUUACGCAGCCAAAAAUUCUUUUAUUUGCACUUUACCCUAUAUACCGACCGAUCUAUGUUUUCUACGUUCAAGCUCUUGGUUUGCUCCGUCUGGAUUCUUUUGACGCGUAUCAAGGAACGCCAACAUUAACUAAUGCUAGUGUUUCCAGAAAAUUACUGGAAUUUUUUGAUUAUCCGAACGGGGGUUACGUUGGCAAUCUCUAUAAUGUUCUUGAUGCCACUCAAAACUAUGUUGACAGCAACAUUAAUCACCAAGAAUUAUAUUCCUCUCCUAUUAAUUGGAAAUCAAGAUAUAUACAAUCUUAUCUCGGUCAAGGUAUUGAAAAUCAGAAUUGGUUACGUUUAUUCUACCGGACAGCAAGAGCGAGAAAUGAUGCGUACUUUUCAUGGCUAAGAUUUCAAAUUAAGAAUCAAUUUUCUUCCAAGGAAUAUAAAAACCCCGAAGAAUAUGCACAAAAAGUCCAUAGACCAAUUCUAUGGAUUUCUCAUUACCGAGGAAAUGGUUUUAAGGAUCUAUUUUACACGACACUGCGGGAACACAUGGUUAAGAACACACCCGCAUGGCUGAAAAAUGUUGAUUUCUCGGAAAUACCAGACAUAAAACCACCUCCCGAGAGAGUUUACGGAGAAGAACGAAAGCAAUCAUCGUAUAGAAAACCGGAAAGAACGGCAUAUGUAAAAGUAGAACAAAAGGUCAAACAUAAGUCAAACCCCAGCUAUGAGGAACCUCAAAAAAAAUCCCCAUCACUGAAUAACACAGAACAGUCAGAUAAGAAUCAACAUAAGUCAAACCCCAGCUAUGAGGAACCUCGAAAAAAAUCCCCAUCACUGAAUAGCACAGAACGGUCAGAUAAGAAUCAACAUAAAUCAAAACCCAGCUUUGAGGAACCUCGAAAAAAAUCACCAUCACUUAAUAGUGCAGAACGGUCAGAUAAGAAUCAACAUAAGUCAAAACCCAGCUGUGAGGAACCUCGAAAAAAAUCCCCAUCAGAUAAGAAUCAACACAAGUCAAAACCCAGCUGUGAGGAACCUCGAAAAAAAUCCCCAUCACUUAAUAGCACAGAACGGUCAGAUAAGAAUCAACAUAAGUCAAAACCCAGCUUUGAGGAACCUCGAAAAAAAUCCCCAUCACUUAAUAGCGCAGAACGGUCAGAUAAGAAUCAACAUAUUCCACCGAAAAAACCACAGGAAUCACAAUCACAAAGGCUUCACGAUCCCAAAGGCUAUUACAAAAUUCUAGGAUUGGAUUAUCUCACCUUAAUUCCAGAUGAUGGCAUAAUUAAAUUGGCUUUUUCAAGCACACUGAGGAAGAUUGAAAGUGGAUAUAUUGGUCAUAUGCAUCUUUCAUCUGAAGAAAAACAGGAAAAAGCCGAGAAGAUACGAAAACUAAUUGAAGCGAGGGAGGCUCUAAUAAAAUGUAAGUAG